AUGCCCGCCAAGUACCCGCCAAGAGCCCGGCAAGUACCUGGCAACUACCCGCCAAGAGCUCGUGAAGUGCCUGAUCUCGACAAGUACCCGCCAAUUGCCUGCCAAGUGCCGCCAAGUACCCGCCAAGUGCCCACCAAGUGCCUGCCAAGUGUCCGCAAAGAUCCCAGCAAGUACCCGCCAAUUGCCCGCCAAUACCCGCCAAGUGCCCAGUGUCCACCAAGUGCUGGCCAAGUGCCUGCCAAGUACCCGGCAAGUACCCACCAAGCGCCCGUACCCACCAAGUGCCUGGCCAGUACCUGGCAAGUGCCCGGCAAGUAUUCGUUAAGUGCCAAGUGCUCGCCGAUUAUUCGCGGAGUGCCCACCAAGUACCCGCCAAGAGCCCAGCAAGUACCUGGCAAGUACCCAUUAAGUGCCGAGUACCCAUUAAGUGCCUGCCAAGUGCCUGGCAACUAUUCGCUAAGUGCUCGCGAAGUGCCCGGUAAGUAG